GACACCCAACACCUGCUCCAAGACCUGCGGCAGACCCGCAGGCUGUUGGGCUGGCUGAGGCCCGAGGUCCACGUCCUGAGCCCGGAGGAGGAGGACGCCUACUGGGCCGAUGCGGACCGCCGCCGCGCGGAGAGCGCGACGCCCGGCCCGAGCCGACCGAGGCGGCCCUCCCCGAG